AUGUGGGAGGCGAAAUUUGAGCCCGACGUGAUCUUCAGCUACAGCGCUGGGAUCAGCGCGUGCGAGAAGGGCGAGCAGUGGCAGCGGGCCUUGGCGCUUCUCAGCGAGAUGUGGGAGGCGAAGCUCAAGCCCAAUGUCAUCACCUACGGCGCGGGGAUCAGCGCGUGCGGUAAGGGCGAGCAAUGGCAGCGUGCUCUGGCGCUGCUAGGAGAGAUGCAGGAGGCAAAGCUGGAACCUAAUAUCGUUACCUGCAGCGCGGGGAUCAGCGCGUGCGGUAAGGGCGAGCAGUGGCAGCGGGCUCUAGCGCUGCUCAGCGACAUGUGGGAGGCGAAGCUGGAGCCUUACCUUACCACUACAAUGCUGGGAUCAGCGCGUGCGAGAAGGGCGAGCAAUGGCAGCGUGCUCUGGCGCUGCUAG